AUGUUUCGAACAACGCUAGCUCAUAUCACUAGCCUGGCCAAGACCGGGUUCAAGAGCCAGCUCAGAAACCGUCGUAUAAUCGACGUCGCUGAUGCAGCUAAGGGACAACCACGGGGCAUCCCUUGCAAAUAUUUUACAUAUGGCCUAGUACAGUGUGAGAAUUUGAAGAGACUGGACCGUCCUAGGCUUUCGACCGUAUGCUGCAAUAGCCAACGCUGCCCAAAUCACUCUACUUGCCCUGCGAUAUGUGCGAAAGCACAGCAUCCCAAAUCAGGCUUCAGUACCAGUCAACAUACACGUCCUCGGGCGGAGGGUGCCUCUGGAAGACGAAAACAUAAAUCCAUAUACUCAAACAUCAAGAGGCAAUGUACCUCCAGCUCUGCAGCUCAGUUGACGACCGAGCAUAUCAAAGAUACGGAGAAACUUUCCAACAUUAUUAAAUCUAUACCAGCGAUCCCAGCUGUGAACUCCUGCCCUCAGCUACCCAAAGACAGCCCAGCUCCAAAGUUCGCUCUAACCUCAGGAGCGCACAAAUUCUGGAGUCACCGACUAUACAAGUCACCAGAUGGCAAGGAUAUCAUUGUACACUACUGCAAAACCCUAGAAAGCGCCGAAACAAUAGCGGGGAUGUUCUCAGACGAUCCCAUCCUUGGACUCGACAUAGAAUGGAAAGCCAACGCCUCCGCGGCGGACGGCAUACUAAAGAACGUAUCGCUAAUCCAGCUUGCGAGUUCGACGCGAAUCGCACUCUUCCACAUAGCUAUGUUUAGACCGGCGAGGGGUGUGGAAGACCUCGUACCCCCUACUCUGAAACGCAUCCUCGAGUCCCCGGACAUAACAAAGGCUGGCGUAUCGAUCAAAGCAGACUGUACCCGAUUGCGCAAGUACCUAGGGAUUGAUACGCGCGCCAUCUUCGAAUUGAGCCAUUUGUACAAAUUGGUGAAGUACAGCCAGUCGAAUCCAGGACUCAUCAAUAAGAGGACUGUGAAUCUGAGCGCCCAGGUUGAAGAACACUUUGGGAUUCCUCUGGCGAAAGAUGUUGAGGUUCGAUGUAGUGAUUGGGCAUCUGCGCUGGAUUAUGCCCAGGUUCACUAUGCUGCGGCCGAUCCGUUCGCAUGUGUGUGUCUAUUCAAUACUAUGAAUGAGAAACGUAUGGCUUUAGAACCCAUGCCUCCAUUACCGGCACAUGCUGAGUUGAAUUUACCAAUUCGGAUUGUCCAUGAGGCCCCGGUGAAUACUGAGCCUGAAGUGGAGGUUAUCGAGCCGAUAGAUAAUCUACUAGUGGAGACUGAGGAACGUUCCUAA